AAUGAACAUAUGAAAACAAAACAAAUGAUAACUUUGUAGUAAACAAAUUAGUAUCGUUAAUGAAAGUCAACGCCUUUUAAGUAAUAGUAGAAUUUCAAAUUUAAAUUUGUGAAACAAAAUUAUAGCCGUUAUGCUCCCGGAAACGGUAACAUUUUCAAUAACCCUACUUGUGUAUGGAUCAAUACUUUUACUGCUAAUUUACUAUGUACUGACACUUGCGGACUUGGAGAGUGACUAUCUAAAUGCUCAAGAAUGCUGUUCACGUUUAAACUUUUGGGUUAUACCAAAAUUCGGAAUACAUGCCUUACUUUGUAUACUGCUAUUGCUUGGAGGGCACUGGAUAAUGCUAUUACUUAAUAUGCCAAUGGCCAUAUGGCUGGGUUAUGAACUGCAAAGACAACCCAGAGAUAGUCUGGGUGUUUACGAUCCGAUCGAUAUACAUAGUCGUGGACUUUUGAAAGUGCAUCUCAGAAAUUGCAUGAUUUAUUUGGGUUAUUACUUCGUUAUGUUUUUCGUAGCAAUGUACUGUUUAAUUAGUUCACUGAUCAAGGGAGAUCCAAUUAAACGACAUGAGGAAGGAGAAUUUAUAACCGAAUUUUAAAUGAACCGUAUAUUCUAAGCUGCACUAAUCAAUACGUUACAAUCAAAUAGUUGUAGAUUUUAUGUUAAUUUUAAUAUCGUACUAGUCAAAUUUUGUCACAAUCGCACCGUAUAAUGAUAAGUAGUAAUGUCUUCCUUUUUUAAAUUUAAGUGCAGAUCAUCAUAAAUCAUUUUAAACCAGUCAAAACUCAUGUUCAUUCGCUCUAAACGUUGUAUCGACUCAUCUAUUCAAUAAUAAGUGCACACGCACAUAAACGCAUUUUUACAUAUACAUACAUAAGUAUAAAAUGUCGAGUGUUAACUAAUUUCACUGUCGCAAACUUAUGUAUUAAGAAUUUACUUUGAAGUAAAUUUAAGUUUGAACGCCAUUCAAUUUUGUUGUUUACGAAUAAAACAUUUACUUUGGUAUAUAAUUUUUACAGCCAUUCAUUUCUAAUUCAUC